AAAACUGCUCCUGACGGCACAGAGACCGUAUCAGCCCAUCCAGCUCGUUUCUCACCUGAGGACAAAUUCAGUAAAUAUCGUGUAAUCAUAAAGAAGCGCUUUGGGGUGCUACCUACGCAAAAGGCCAAGACGUGGAGACGUAUUGUGAGGCAAAAGAUCCGUGCAUCCGUUCCUCGUCCAGUGCUUACGUACCAACAGUGGGCAAAACGUCGCCUCGUAAUCUCAUUCAUACUAUUUUUUAUUGGAUGGAAAGCUUUUGGCGUUACCCUAAGUGAUAUGGUGUUAUGGACUGUGGACGAAAAUUCCGGUGAAGGCCGUUUUGUGACACCUGUGGAGGGGAGGGAACGACGGCUUGAGUCAGAACGUGCUCGGAAUCGUCGGCUACGUAAUACGCAGUCCUUGCCUCAGUUCGACUUCGAUGAUUAA